UAAUACCCGUGUCGUUCCCAGUGCGUGCAGAAGGGGUUGAGUUGAGCGUGUAUUUUUACAUCACAAAGCAAAGGAUCCACCUGAAUGCUUUCUCUCCUUCGAUCUGGAUAGUAAAUCGGGUCGAACCGUGGCUUCCUCCGGGUCGCAAAACCUGUCCCGAAGAAAACCUUCUUCUUCGUCUUCGUCUUCGUCUUCUUCUUCACAACAAACACCCGGGUCGACCCGAAUCGUUUACCGGGAAUCGAGGAGCCCCUCCGAAUCCGAUUUCCCGAUCUGGCAGCAGAAUUGGUUCAUCGCAUUGCUCUUCGUAAUGGCUCUCGGAUUCUUCGCCCUCGCUCUCUUCCUCUUCCUCACUCUCGACACCGACAUCGCUCCCUCUUCCACCGCCUCCGCCUCCGCCGCGUCCUCCGAAGGCGUCGAGGUGCAUGUCACUUACGGCACGGUUCUGAAGCUCAUGCACGAGAAGACCAAAUUUCGGUUGCAUUCUCAUGACGUGCCCUACGGUUCCGGUAGUGGACAGCAAUCGGUUACGGGUUUCCCCAAUGUCGACGAUGCCAAUAGUUACUGGAUUGUUAGACCUGAGCCAGGAACUUCUGCCAAACAAGGUGAUGCCAUUAAAAGUGGCACAAUCAUUAGAUUGCAGCACAUGAGGACGAGGAAGUGGCUGCACAGCCACUUGCAUGCAUCCCCAAUAUCAGGCAAUCUUGAGGUGAGUUGUUUUGGAGGAGAAUCUGAGUCUGACACUGGGGACUAUUGGAGGCUUUUAAUAGAAGGAAGUGGGAAGACUUGGAAGCAGGAUCAGAAGAUUCGCCUUCAGCAUGUAGACACUGGAGGCUAUCUACAUAGUCAUGAUAAGAAAUACAGUCGGAUUGCUGGGGGGCAGCAAGAGGUUUGUGGUGUUCGUGAAAAGCGUGCUGACAAUGUCUGGUUGGCUGCAGAAGGUGUGUACCUUCCGGUUACAGAAAGCAAAUGAGUUGAUGAUUGGUAUCAUCAAUACAUUUUGUAAACCGUGGAUAGUGGGAGUGGGUGUUCUGAUAGCAGAUGCAGAUUUUCUAUUGAAGGAAAAUAUACGGGAGAACUUAGGAUGAGAUAACGGUAGUAAUAUUUUGUUAUAUUAUAGGUACACUUUGUUGUGUAGUAACUAGUAAGUGCACGCCAAUUUUUCCCGCACAAAAUACUUGUGUCUUUUGUUUUGUGAUGCAAUAUGCUAAUUCCUAAUUCCUCUAAUAGGACUGCGAAGGACCAAGUGACUGCAAUGAAUCUAUUUUUCAAUUGAAUUUGAAGAUUAAUUAUACUGAUAAAAAU